AUUGAUAUUUCAUAUAAGUUGCUUUUUUAAACAUCAACUGUUUCUGAUAACCACAAAAAUAUAAACCACAAAAUUUCUCAAAAUUUCCGGCGCCAAAAGCUUCAAUUUCAUCCCUUAAAUUUAUCAGGCCAACAAAAACCAAACAUUAGUUUCUGUUCCAAACCCCCAACCCCAUUGAUUUCUCUGCUACUCCUCCGAUCCUAUCGGACACGGCUAACAAUUCCGAUCCGAUCUCUGGUGUCGUUAAAAGCGAUGCCGGAGAUCGACAAUAUUCCGCCUCCGCCGCCGCCGGCUGCCAACUCUCUGUUUGGAAAGUAUGAGCUCGGACGACUUCUUGGUUGCGGCGCUUUCGCCAAGGUUUACCUUGCCAGAGACAUCGUCACCGGCCAGAGCCUCGCCGUCAAGGUUAUCAAUAAACAAAAAAUCACUCAUAACUCCAGUCUCAUGUCUAAUAUCGAGCGCGAGAUCGAUAUCAUGCGCAGACUCCGGCAUCCCAACAUCGUUAAAUUAUACGAAGUUUUGGCUACAAAAACGAAGAUCUAUUUCGUGAUGGAGCUCGUUAAAGGCGGUGAGUUGUUUGCAAAGGUUGCCAAGACUCGUCUUAGUGAAUCCCAGAGCCGGAAGUACUUUCAGCAAUUGAUCUCCGCCAUCGGAUAUUGUCAUUCUCGUGGUGUUUAUCACCGAGAUCUGAAACCGGAGAAUCUUCUAAUCGAUGAGAAUGGUAAUUUGAAAGUUUCCGAUUUUGGGUUGAGUGCUGUUACAGGACAGAUCCGAGACGAUGGUAUGUUACACACACUGUGCGGCACGCCGGCUUACGUUGCACCAGAGAUUCUCACCAAGAGAGGAUACAACGGAGCGAAGGCGGAUGUGUGGUCGUGUGGGGUCAUCUUGUUCGUGUUGACAGCCGGAUACUUGCCGUUUAAUGAUCCAAAUCUCAUGAUGAUGUAUAAGAAGAUAUACAGAGGCGAAUACCAUUUCGCAAAAUGGAUGACUGCGGAUCUCCGGCGACUAUUGGGCCGUCUUCUGGACACAAAUCCGUCGACGAGGAUCACCAUUGAUGACAUCACACGUCAUCCGUGGUUCAGGAAAGGAAACAAAGGGAUUUACGAGUGCGACGAUGAAGAAUUUCUCGUGAGGCCAGAACAGAAUGAUAAAACGAUGGCGUUAAACGCGUUCGACCUCAUCUCGUUUUCCUCUGGUCUAAACCUCUCUCCUUUCUUCGACAACACAUAUAACUCAUCGCAUCAAGGCGAAAAACUGAUUGUCGCCGGACGACCGGAGGAAGUUAUCGAAAAGGUUCAUGAGACGUUGAGGGAGGUGGAUGUGAGGAUCAAGAAGCGAAAGGAUUGGGGUUUGGAGUUGGUAUGGCCAAACGGUAAAUUUGUGAUCGGAUUGGAGGUUUUCCGGUUAACGGAAAGAGUGGUGGUGGUGGAAGUUCGGAGUAGAGGUGGAGGCGCAGAGUUGUACGAUGAGUUUUGGAAGAACAGAAUCAGGCCGGAACUGCUCGAAAGAAGACGGGAAGUUCAGGUAGCUGACAGCUAGAGACUCGACACGUGUUGAGCAACUUUAUUUGUCAAAAUAACUUUUAAAAAAAAAAAAUCCAACAUAAUAAAACAUUUUUUACCCUAAAAAUAAAUUAAAGAAAAAAAAAGGUGAAAAAUGGAAGUAGGGCUGUGGACCGUGAAUGAUCGCGAAUGCUUAGAAAGGUGGUAGAAGCUUUUACCGUUUUGGAUUUAAGGUAGAGUUUCUUAAAAUUCUCAUGCUGUAGAUAAUACGAUGAGAGCUUUUUUGGUUAGUUCACGUGUUCAAGCUCCUUUUUGAGUUCAUGUAUAUGUAUAUGUAUGAGCUACAACGUUUGUGUGUGUAUAUAUAUAUGAACUUUGUACUUUCA